AUGGCUCUCAUCACAGCUCGACGGGUGAUUUUGCUGGGGCUCGCGGUCGCGACCGUGUGCUUCCUGUUUUUCGGGUCCAGUGAAAAAAUUGCCCCCACGGUGCUACUGCCCGGCGAUAUGUCCGCUUUCGAAAACAAAAUCUACAAGAUGCGGGCGGAGACGGAAAAGGCGCUCAAGGAGCAGGAGGCAGCCGCGGCCAAGCGGUUCGAUUCGUUCAACAAGAAGCUCAGCGAGCUGGAGACCGAAAACCGGGUGCUGGAGAAGGAGAUCCAACGUCUUCGAACUCCUCCCCAGGGAGCGUCGCUCAGAGAAAAACUCGCAUACACCUUCCCCUACGAGACGUACAAAAAGUUCCCUGCCUUCAUCUGGCAGACGUGGAAGGACGAGAUCACCGACGACACGCCCGACACGAUCCGACAGCCGAUCCGAACUUGGACGGAGAAGAACCCCAGCUUUGUCCACGAGGUGCUGACCGAUGACGCAGCAGCAAUGUUUGUACAGCACCUGUAUGCUCAGAUCCCUGAGGUGGUGGAGGCGUACAAGGCCAUGCCUAAAAACAUUCUGCGGGCCGACUUCUUCCGUUACCUGGUUCUGCUGGCUCGGGGAGGUGUCUACUCCGAUGUCGACACUGAGGACCUCAAGCCCAUCCCCAACUGGAUCCCUGAUGAGGUCUCCCCUUCCACUGUUGGUCUGAUUGUCGGUAUUGAGGCCGAUCCCGACCGACCCGACUGGAAGGAGUGGUACGCUCGACGAAUCCAGCUGUGCCAGUGGACAAUCCAGGCCAAACCCGGUCACCCCGUUCUGCGAGACAUUGUGGCCCGAAUCGUGGAGAAGACGCUGGCCAAGAAGCGAAGUGGUACUCUGGAGAUGGCUGGCGACAAGACCGAUGGCAGCGAGAUCAUGGACUGGACCGGGCCCGGAGUGUGGACCGACUCUGUCUUCGACUACUUCAACGACCGAAAGAAGUCGGGACUCAAGUCGCAGGUCGGCAUCAAGGACUUUUUCAACCUCAAGACCCCCAAGCACGUGUCGGACGUGUUGGUUCUGCCCGUGACGUCGUUCUCUCCCGGUGUCGACCAGUUUGGCGCCAAAGAUACAGACGACCCGCUGGCCUUUGUCAAGCAUCUGUUUUCCGGUUCAUGGAAGCCCGAGGACGAGAGAAUGAACCAGAACCAGCCGCAGGUCAAUCAGUAG